AUGCAUCAUCUCAACCUUGACUCACCUGAGAACCUGGUAUUUGUUAAUGAGUACAUUGAGCAUCUCAGAAAGAGGAGAGGCUUUACGAAGGACUCUACAUGGGCAUGGGCCAAUCGGAAUUUUGAUGAGAAGACGCCAUACUUAUACACAGAUGCUUCCCGUGUCGAGACGAAAAAGGACGAGCCAAAACGAACAGGAAUUGCGUUCUUCUUCGGCAAUAAUCAUCCACUCAAUUUGGGUCUGGACAUCGGUGAAAGGAGCUCUGCCUUUACUGGUGAACUGCUGGCGAUGAAUGUCGCCCUUCAUCGACUUUAUUUUUGGGGAGGAUUCAAGGGCCAGCAGGUGAUUGUACGGACGGAUUGUUUAAACCUGAUGCAUUGGUUGUGGAAUCUGGAGAACUCGCAGAAGAAACAGAGACCGCUGCAGGACCAUCAUUCGACAGAGGAGGAUACCAAAAAUUUACAAAAUCUACUGCGUCUCUUGAGAUGUUUUCCGAAAGGACGCGUCACUAUGCAAUGG